ACUAGUGUCGCUCGAAAAAUAUCGAAGACUGACAUUGAAUCCUACAUAACCUGUCAAAAAUAAAUAUUAUUCUCAAAGGAAGAGGAGUAUUCUCUUAUCUUCGAUAAGGAUAUGGCAAACGGUAAUCACUGCAUGUACUUUGUCAAACGGAAGAAACGUUUCUGCCGCAUGACAGUUGGCGAAGGUAAGGAUUACUGCGGCGAGCAUCGGCAGGACAUCGCUGAUCCUGAGGACUCCGGUGACAGGAGGGUCAAGUGUCCCCUGGAUCCCACGCACACGUGUUAUCAGUCGAAGCUGAGGAAACAUCUGAAUGUGUGCAACGCCAAGCGGGAGCUGGACGUGCAACCUACAUUCAUCGUCAAGGGAGUCAACUUGGACGAGGAAGUCAUAGUGGCGUCACCUCAUGUGCCAUUGUCGCAGCUUGAUGGGUCUGUGUUGGAAGCGGUGAUAAGAAAGAUCCACUCUGCCUAUGACAAGUUACCAGACAUUUCUCAAGCAAUACUGCAGCAUGACGUGCUGAAGAGCAAAUUGAGGGAUGAGACCUGCGGCAGCAAUGUUAGGAAACAUUUGCUGCAGAAUGCAUCUCUACUUGGACAUUUGGAACAAGCUGGUCUUGUGCAUGAUGACACUUGUUUUAUUGAAUUUGGGGCAGGAAAAGCUUUAUUAACAUACUGGUUGGGGCAGAUCAUAAAAGACAAAUCGAAUUCUUGCGUCUUGGUGGUCGACCGUUCGAGUCAUCGGCACAAGAACGACAACAAACUUAGGAAAGAGGACAAUCGCCUCGUGAUAAAGAGGAUACGCGCCGAUAUCGCCGAUCUGCGACUGAACCAGGUCCUGGAGAUCCAGCCGAUCAAGUACAAAGUCGGGAUAGCGAAACAUCUGUGCGGCACAGCCACGGACCUGGCGAUACGUUGCUUGACAAAAUCGAUGAACAACGAGCCUAAGGUCGACGUUCGCGGCUUGGUUCUCGCAUUUUGCUGCCACCACAAGUGCGAGUAUUCGUCUUACGUGGGCAGAGAAUACCUGCGACAAUGCGACUUCACCGCAAAUGACUUCUCAGUUUUAUGCAGCAUAGUUAGUUGGGCGACCUGCGGUUGUCGUUUAAAAGGCAAACCGCAACUCGACAACGUCGACUGGUCCCAAAAAUUGGACGAACGCGAACUUAUCGGACGCAAGGCUAAAACCCUGUUGAAUUGGGGUCGCUUGUUUUUCCUCCAAAGCAUUGGAUUUAAGACCGAGCUGUUUUAUUACACCUCUACCGACGUUUCCCUGGAAAACAUGUGUAUUGUGGCUACAAGAGACUUGACAUGAUGGCAAUAUUUAACCGAGUGUUAACGUUGUGACAUGUCCAUUCUAGACGAGCGCGACGAUUACCUGAAGAAUCCGUAC